UACAGUUUAACAUGCACUAAGCAGUUUUUGGAAAGCAGUGUGCUUUUUCUGGACCCCUGGGAAACUGAUGUUACUAUAGGGACGGUGUUGUAAACGGCUUCGAACAGGAAUGACGCAAGUCUUGUAGUUGGGUAGAAGUGAAUAACACCGCUAACUACCAAUCCCACCAUCGGCCAACCGUGAUUUUCUGAACUGCGAGUUGCCAUCUUGUGUAUCUUCAGUUUUCUUCUGUGUCUUUUUUGUUCUCCAGGCCUCGUUUUCACCUAUAUCUACAUUCGGCUUUGUUAGCCCUAACCAUCAUUUUGACGCGUCGUGUGGCCCUGAAGCAAGAACGAUAUCACAGUCAUGGUCAUCGAAACGACCCCGGUAACUAUCUGGCACGAGAGUAAGCCUCAGGAUGAGUUCCUCGACGAGCGCUUCGGGAAGCUGUUCGACAUGAGUAACGUGGCGCUGGUCGAGCUCGCCCUCAGCGUCCGCAGCAAACACAGCACCGACAACACGCAGGCCACCGCCAAAGUGAUCGAGCACUGGAUUGGCACCUACAACCUCAUUCACAUCGUCGAAUUCAGCGACGGGCUCAAGUACGUGGUCCGGGUGCCCGCCAGCGCCCGCCACGGAACUAUGACCGAGGCCGCACAGCGCGCGUUGAUCACCCAGGCACACAUGAUGCGAUUUGUCAAGAAACGGACCAUGAUCCCGAUGCCGAACGUCUUCGACUUCGAUGCCGGCUUUGACAACAUCAUCCAGGCGCCCUACAUUGUCAUGAGCUACAUCCCUGGGCGGAUGGUGGCGGAGGCGUGGUUCGAUCGAACAGGGCCCGUUCCGCUCGAGGAGAAACGGCUGCGGAUCUUGAAUGAUGUUGCUGAGGCGGUGGCGCAGCUGCGUGGGUUCCAAUUCGACCAAAUCGGCUUCAUUGAAGGGGACGAGGCUGCCACCGCACCUGGCGGCGCAAGAGGCAGGGGAGGACACCAGCCAAUACCGAUGGGCCCCUGCUUCGGCUGGGAGGAGAACUACCUCCAGGAUACCACCCAUAUCUUUCAUAUCGAGCAGUGCGGACCCUUCACUUCCUCGGCCGCGUACCUGCGCAACCGCCUGCAGCGUACCACACAGUGGGUGGAAGGGAUCCCCGAUCGUGGCUGCCGCGUGCUGCUGGACCUGAUGAUCGAUUGCCUGCCACGUUCGACCCGGCGCCACAGCGAGCCGCGCGAGUCGUUCGUGCUCAGCAUCCCCGACCUCAGCGCCAAAAACGUGCUCGUCGACGAGCAGGGCCGCGUGACGGGGUUCGUUGAUUGGGACGACGUCCACACCAUGCCGCGCUUCCUGGGAUACGCUGGCUUCCCCGGCUGGAUCAUCACCUACCUUAACCCGCAGCACAUUCUCUAUGCUCCUGAGGAGCAUGAUCAGGAGGAGGAUUCCCCCGAGCUGCUGAAGCAGUACCGUCGGCUGUACAAUCGCAAGAUGCAGACCCUAUUGCGCGGAUCUCGGGAUGCCCGGUUCGUCCACAAGUCCCACUACUAUCAGGCGGUGCACUCGGCGAUCUGUACCCAGCGCGGGCGCCUGCAUCUCGUCUCCAACCUCGUGGCGAAGGCGUUCCCGACGGAUCUGGGCAUGGCGAUGGAUUUGAUUCUGUUGGCGGGCCAGGGGAAGCUGUCGACCGAUGAUAAGGAUCAGUUGACGCACGGGUUCCAGAUGCUGUUCGCGGUUUCUGGAUGAAUGGUAACGGUGGGUUGGAUUUGUG